AUGAUUUCUAUAUCUUCUAUUGUUCUACGGUCAUGGGAAUUCAGGAGUACAAACGUUACCACUCCGGUGAUGCUUGCUAGUAUCACUCGUGAUGGUAGCCCUACGAUAUUCGUCAGCUUUCCUGUGAUUGCAGUAGAAAAACCAUCAACAUUAAUUUUACAGAAUGUUGAUCACCGUUAUGAUGGAAAAUACAGAUUCACUGUUUCAGCAUUUACAGCUCAUUCUUCCUCUGAAGUUGUCGUCUUCGUUGCAGAGAAGCCAACCGUGACAUUGAAUUGUUCCAGUCCAGUCACGCUAAAUGAAGGUGAAAACUUUGCGUGUCUAUGCAGAGGUGAAGGUGGAAAUCCUCCUGCUAAUGUUACCUGGUUUAAAAAUGGAGUCAAAAUUACUGAUGUUGGAAUAGAAAGACAAACAUUGAAACUCUCAAAUAUUAGUAGAACAGACAAUGGAACAUACAAAUGUAAAGCCACAAGCUACCCCCAUCAAAAUUAUACAGACGAAAAAUCAUACCAAGUAAUAGUUUACGGUCCUCAAGAAACAGAUGUACCAAUUGACUCUCCUUGUCGGCCAUUUUACAACAAAACUAAUCUGCCUCAAGACAGCAUUGAGAUGGCACAUUAUCAAAUGCAUCCAUUCUAUCCCUUAGUGUACACCUACUGUUCUGUGAAUCUUUUACCAUUAAUUUGUUCCAUUUAUCUUCCUGUGUUGGAUAACGUUUCCAGCAAGAUUCUACCACCGUGUUGGGAUUUGUGUGAUCAGGUCUCGAUGGAUUGCAGUUAUGCAAUUAGGAAAUUGAAAUUCCCAAUUUCGACUUUAUUACAACGAUGUUCGUCCAAGUCCGCUCCAGGCAAUGCCACAAGUACAAAGUGUUUCCGGCCAACAGCUGCGCCUACGCAAAUAGAAUCUGAUCAAUCAUGUUGCUUUACUGUGAAACCGCAUCCAUUUUGCAUCCCAUUCUUCGGUCAAUCCUCGCUCAAUAGCAGUCAACAAGAUGAAGUUAUUUUCAGCUUGAGCACGUAUCUUCCACUAUUUCACGCCCUGGAAUCACUAAACCAGCAAUUCUGUGUAGCAAAGUUAUCAGAAUAUCUUUGCCUGAAAAAAUUCCAAUAUUGUGAUAUGCGCUUUGAAGAGGAAAGUGGUGGAUGUUCGCCAGGUAUUUUCAAAGUACCCAGUGAACUUUGUUCGUACAUCACAGACGCUUCGUCACCUUGUUCUUUGAGUCGUAUCAACACCACUCUUCAAAACGCUGGGUAUAAUAUUCCAAUAAUAAUGUCAGAUUUUCACUGCUCGACAUUACAAUCAUCCAUUCAUGUUGAAGAACAUUCGUCAAAUAUUCCACUCUUACCACAAAUAUCAAGCACAGUGGCAUUACCAUUUCGUUCAUCUGCAUUUUACCCUAGUCGAGUUUCAAGAUCAAUUAAAUCUGAAGCAUCAGGAAAUGUGGUUACUACAUCCGUGUUAAAUUCAACAGUUUCACCUGGCGAUAUCUCUGCCACACUUUCCGCAAGGCCAAGUAGUCAACAUAUUGAGAUCGGUACAACAAACAGGCCUUGGUUACCGCAAACAACAAAGUCCCAAAUCACAGAGGUCUUCGUAUUCCACGGUUAA